AGCUAGCUAGGACAGCAAUUAAGACGUAAAGGGGCGACGUUUUAUUUGGACCUGCCGCUAGCUAACCAGAUAGACCAGAUAUAUAACUACUAGUUAUAUUGCUGGCAUCCAAAAAGUAGGCAUAAGUAAUUAACUUUUUCGUUCCCUUAAAAUAUUGUCUAUACUGUACUACAAUGCUCGGCUAAAGCCAUCUGGAAAGGAAGUUAAAGCAAGCUAGAUUGCUAGACUAGUGCUGGCUGCACAAUUGCAUUGGCUAGCAAUACAAUCAUCAGCUAGCUAGUCUAGCCAUUGACAUAAAUGAAAAUGGAUGGAACAGAACAACCCGAAGUUGCCAAAGCGAAAACCUUUUGGAUGGACGUUGAUGUGGACCACGUUUUUGAUGAAUUGUGUGAAUAUUUAAUUCAACUGAGAAGUGCAAUCAAGACCUGUACAGCAACUGACAGAGAGUACGUCCAGGGAAUGAAAAUGAUCACGUUACUAGAAUCUGGAUUGAGGUCAGCUCCAGCUGAAACCAAUGAUUCUUUUGUGGAAGUUGUUAUUGGGGGAGAAAUGAUGUCUGUCUCAGGCUUUGAGGCUGUCAGCCCACAGACCCCACUACCUCCCCUGCAGAUACAGCCCACGUCGCCCUCGUCUAUCCACUUUGAUGGCUCUGUGGACCCCCUGUCUCCCAGCUAUGUCAGCAAAGAAGAUGUAGCGUCCCCGAUCCUUCCCCUCCAGCUCCACUACCAGCCCCACGACUGUAGCCAGGCCUGUAUUCCCAACCUUCCCAGGUCUGCCCACUACUUCCGGUGGCACAACCCUCUGAAGGUGCCCCUCCUCCUGAGCUUCCAGCGUCAAUGUGCCGGGCCUCAGGCUAUGAAGUCCAGACUAGAAUCUGAGUGGGGGGAGUCAGUGGACUCGGAGUCCUGUGACCUUGCAGAGUCGGGCGUCACGUACCAGACCCCGUGUGGACGGAGUCUACAUACGCCAUGGGAGGUGCUCAGCUUCCUGCUGGUGACAGGGAGUCACAGUGUUCUGCAGAUGGACUACUUCAGCUUCAACCCUAAGGUACAACUGGAUUGUCCGCGACCGUUGUCGUGGCGACCAGUGCCGAUGGUGCCUGCGGAGAGGGACCUAAGCCGGGGGGUGGAGCCUACACCAGUGGAACUAUGCAUUGGAGAAGAAGGGGCGCGGCCAGAGGAGUUUCGGUACAGGAAGGAGCGUUGGCCUCAUGGCUGUUUUCUCAGCCGCGGGCCGUUGUUCAAAGCUUGCUGUGACUGCACAGAUGGCUGUCUGGAUGCUCAGAGCUGCGCCUGCAUCAGAAUGGCCUAUAGGGGGCAGCACUACCUCCACCAGCGGCUAGCUGAGCCUGUACCCACUGGGAUCUUUGAAUGCGGUCCAUGGUGCGGGUGUGAACGAAGUCUGUGUCAGAACCGUGUGGUCCAGCAUGGUCUCCGUGUGCGUCUCCAGGUCUUCCAAACCGCCGACAAGGGUUGGGGGGUGCGCUGCCGAGACGAUUUGGACAGGGGCACCUUUGUAUGCACUUAUGCAGGUGUAGUUCUCAGGGCCUGUCUAGACCCUGACCAGCCCCUCCCACCCAAGCGUCCAAGGGCGGAGCUUCCCUCCGAUGACGAGGUGGAGGUUGUGACUGAAUGGCUGGCACCCGCGGAAGGACGAGGCUGUCCGGAGCAGCUGGGACCCUCUGCCCCCACCUCACCGCCCCUCCACGUCCCUGUGAUCCAAAGGCCUGCUGAUUCCCUACAGCCUGAUCCAGACCCCCUUCUGCUCAAUGGCAUGGUCAAGGCAGUAGUCGUGGGAAGUCAGGAAUUAGACCACUCUCCAACAGCUUUGGAGAAAGAGGAGAAAGUGGUGCAGGAAAUGCCACAAAUGCAUUCUGAGGCGGUCAGCAAAGAUCCAGACAUGAAAGAUCUUAAGAGAGGGACGAGUUCAAAGACUGCCAGACCAGACCUCAAACAGAACCCUGCAGAUCAGAUGUAUUACCUAGACGCCACCAAAGAUGGAAAUGUAGGGCGCUUCAUCAACCACAGCUGUGUGCCAAACCUCUUUGUGCAGAACGUCUUCACUGACUGUCAUGACCCCAACUUCCCUAUGAUUGCCUUCUUCACAAACAAAGUGGUGACGUCCGGGACGGAGUUAACCUGGAACUAUUCUCUUGACGCAGGAAGUGACCAUGACAAGGUCCCAUGUCUGUGUGUUAAUGAUGGUUGCCAGGGACUGAUGCUGUGACUACAGGGAAACACCAGUGCAUCAUCAAGCCCUCCACACAUUUAACUAUUGCUUAUUUUUAUACAAUUUGUCAAAUAAAACUUUUGAAAUUAACUGAUCCAACUGGUUUGUAUAUACAAUAUAUUAAUCUAAGAACUAGACUCAAGAGCAUAUGAAGUGGGAGUUCAUUUCACAGCCUCUUUAUCCACAACCAAAGAGACUAUGCCGACCUUAAAUCUGAGGAAUAUUUAGUUUGAGGUCCAACUGCUCUCAUCCAUCCUCACAGCCCGUUAAACAUCCCUUGUUGUAACCCAUCACUGACA